AUCUCGCGAUACUUAGGCGCCUGAGCGGCUCUCCACCGGCGAGGGUUUGCGGGGAAGAUGGCGUAUCCCGCCCCGGCCACAGUGGAGGCCGCAGACGGCGGAGGGGCCGGGCGUUACAACAGCUCGGAGGAGCUGGAGGGUCAGGAGCCGGAUGGGGUGCGCUUUGACCGCGAGAGGGCGCGCCGCCUGUGGGAAGCCGUGUCCGGUGCCCAGCCGGUGGGUAGGGAGGAAGUGGAGCACAUGAUCCAGAAGAACCAAUGUCUCUUCACCAACACCCAGUGUAAGGUUUGCUGCGCCUUGCUUAUUUCUGAGUCCCAGAAGCUGGCACAUUACCAGAGCAAAAAACAUGCCAACAAAGUGAAGAGAUACCUAGCAAUCCAUGGAGUGGAGACAUUAAAGGGGGAAACGAAGAAGCUAGACUCAGAUCAGAAGAGCAGCAGAAGCAAAGACAAGAACCAGUGCUGCCCCAUCUGUAACAUGACCUUUUCCUCCCCUGUCGUGGCCCAGUCGCACUACCUGGGGAAGACCCACGCAAAGAACUUAAAGCUGAAGCAGCAAUCCACUAAGGUGGAAGCCUUGCACCAGAAUAGAGAGAUGAUAGACCCAGACAAGUUCUGCAGCCUCUGCCAUGCGACUUUCAACGACCCUGUCAUGGCUCAACAACAUUAUGUGGGCAAGAAACACAGAAAACAGGAGACCAAGCUCAAACUAAUGGCACGCUAUGGGCGGCUGGCGGACCCUGCUGUCACUGACUUUCCAGGUCACCAAAAACAGUGGCAUCAUCCCUGGGCCAGAUUCCAAUGCAAAGGCAACCCAUUCAGAAAGAUUCAACCACCUUGGAAGACUAGAGGUGAUUCUGCCCAGCAUCCCACGUUGGGCCAGCCAUGAGCCAGCUUCCCCUGCGCCCUUGGCUCUCUCUCACUCCUUGUUCUCACCAGGGAAGUACACAGGCCUGAAGCAGCAUUGGGCCACAGACAGCCUCUGAUUGGUCCAGGCUAAUUCACUCCUGCUGCUCCCCUUUGGCAGGGGUCCUGUAGGUCAUGACAGGGGAGGCAAGGGUAUUGAGAGACCUGGGGUCUCACCGGGUGGUAGUUUGGAGGGUGGCUUUCCCCCUUCCCUAACCCCUUUGGGCCAUAGGAGCUGAGGCCCCAGCCACCUGUCUUUCCUCUAAAGGUCAGUUUUGGGCCAGUUCCUGCAACUAAAGAACAGAGAUCUCCCUGGGCUCUGGACAUUUCCAGUGAAAUGUGGAACUUUCAUGCCAAACCUGGGCUGAGGCAGGAAACGGAGGAAAUGGCUGCAACAUGGAAGCUUGGAGCUAAUACAACACUCUGCCUUCCCCCAGAAGGUGCAGGCUUUCCUGAGCCUUAGACCACAUAUGGCCAGUUGCACAGGUUUCUGCCAACUGUGAAGUCUCCUCCUGGAGCAGUGACACAGUCUUGGUGGAGCAUUGCUCCCCCCGCUGCCCUCUCCACGGUUCCUGAAUGGUGCUAAGGAUCUGCAGCAGUUAGCAACGAGCUGGGGCUGGGGGUGGCCUCCAUGUCCACUGAGAUUAUAGGACACUCCAGUGGGGAUGGGACCUUUCCCUUCCUCCAUCAGAGGUGCUCUGACCCAAGGUCACAUGGGAAAGUGCCCCACAUGCAAGUCUCCCUGAGGGUUCUGCCCCUAACGGCAAACUGUCUCAUGCCAGCCAGCUGUAAGGUUCAUUGCUACCCUCAGCCCUACUAGCCCUCUCUUCCCCCUUGUGCAGCAGACCACCUUGCCCAGGUUGCUGUGGUGCUAGCCUUCCCCAUCAUCCACCAGGCGAUUUCUGGGUCCCAAGGAAAGAAAUAGAGAGCUGAUGCAGGUUUCUACAGUGAGGAGCAGGUGUCCCCCAGGCCCCACACCCAGAUUUCUCUGUCUUUACUGUUUUGUGGCCUGGGACUGAGUCCACAGGGAUAGAGUUUUCCUUGUAGCUUUGAGGCAAGAAUUCCAAGGAGUGUCACCAUCAGAGGCUUCUCCUCAUUGUGUCAGAGAAGCCCCAGCUGCUCUUGUGGCCUCCUUCCCCCACUCCCUAUCCCUUCACCUGUGAAAUGCCUUUGCUUUGCAUAUUGUGUGGAUGUGUGUGUGUGUGUGUGUGUAUGUGUGUGCUUAUGUGUGUGUCUAAUGCUCUGUCUCUUGGUCACUGAAGCAUCAAAUAAAGAAUUUCCCCCAUGAGCCAGACUGCAACUUAACAAACCUAGGGUUUUGAGCCAUAUUGCCACUGGAUCUAGUAUGUCUAUCUUGACCCCUCACCCCCACCCCAUUCAGACCUCAGUAGUCCCCAGUAGUCAUUUUAGGAGUUGGGACACAGUCAAGCACCCUGUGAAAGUCUCCCUUGAGUUGAGGUACCCUGAACGCAAUACAGCCUCAUCUUCUCAUCCACCUUCUCCUGCUUCUCCUGUCACAUAGAGCCUCGUGAAGGUCUUUAAAGGGUUUAAGCUGGGGAUCUGCUUUAUGUUUGAGAGAAUUCUAGCUAUUGUGUAAAGGAAUGCAGGGAGGGGCAGGAAAGGAGACAAGGAGGCCAGUAUGGAAACUGUGUCCAGUAUGGCUUUCCAGGCUAAUCACUUAGGGCAGAGACCCAGCCUUAUUCAUCUCUACUUCCUGAUGUCCAUAGUGGUGUGUCAUGAAGUUUUAUUGAAUGAAUGAAUGAGGUGUAUGAGGAGAGAUGGUUUUUUCCUGCUCAGCUCUUACACAGUGAUAGGUUUGUUCCAUGGGACUUAUCAUAGGCCUGGUGAUUCUUGAAAGAGCAUUUUCCAUGACUCAAAAAUGAGCUGAGGAGUGUUAUGGCCAGCUGUGGUGGCAUGCACCUAUAGUCCCAGCUGCUCAAGAGGCCAAGGCAGAAAGACCAUUCAAACCCAGGAGUUCCAGCCUGUCGUAUGCUAUGAUCAUGCCCGUGAAUAACCACUGCACUCCAGCCAGGGUAACAUAACAAGACUCUAUCU